GACGUAAGGUAAGUUAUAUUUCUAAAUCAAUAAUUUGUGCUGCUCAUAUAAUUUUAAUCACUCAAAUAGUUUUAAUUUAACCUUUCAAUGAAAAAAAUGUUUCUAGUGCUGGCAUGAUUUUCAAUCACGCAGUAAAAAAAAACAUACUUUGAUAAAACAAUCUAUGACAGCAACAGGAGGUGGUAAACAAAAUACAGAAGUAUUGACAUCACAAGAAGAACAAGUCUUUAAUAUAAUGUAUUCAACUAAUGUUCAUGGACAUCCUGAUAUAGAAGAAUCCAAUAUAAAUAUAUUGAAAGAUUCAGAAGACGAUGUAAUGGAAAUGGAAUACUUAAAGGAAUAUGAAGAAGAUUUAUUCUUAAAGGUUGUACCUUCUACAUCACAUUCUGAUAGUAAUAACUGCAAUAUGUUAGUUCCUAAAAAAAAAGCAAUUAUAAACAACGAUUCCAAUGAAUUAUCAAAUGAAAAGGAGAAUGAAAUAUGAAGCAAUGAUAUAGAUGUUAAACAGCCUUCUUCCAAAGUAGGUAAAGUCCUUCAGAACAUAAGAAUGUCAUUGAAUACAAAAUCUUGUGAACAAAACAAAACCCCAAUUCAGAAGAAAUAAAUAACCAUCGUAAAAAAGGAAUUACAAAAUACUGCUGAAAUAUCACUAAAAUUGAACAAUAUUUAUAAAAAAAACAUACGAAUUGAAAAAAAAUAUUAUGAAGAGAGAUUAGAAUAUUUAAAAAGAUCUGUAGAAGCAAAGGAAAAAAUAGCUAAUAUUAUGGAGAAGUGUCUUAAAGAAUAUGUCUUAAAAGAAAAUAUAGCA